UUUUGGGGAUGGGUCCUGUCGCCAGCCCCUGGGAUAUCAGGGGGUGCCUGGGUUUGGGGGCAGGUGUCCCCCGAGGUGGUUUGGGCUGAGGCUGUGAUGGCCGAGGGGUGAAGGCGUUGGACUCGAAAUCCAAUAGGGUUUCCCUGCGCAGGUUCAAAUCCUGCUCACAGCGAGAGAUUUUACCUGCUUUGCUAGCACCCAUGCUGGGGGUCCUGGCGAGCAGCAAUCCUCACACCAUCAUGUAGUGCUGGUGGUCCUGUCGCUGAGCAGGCUUUCCCAUCCAGGAGCCACGGUAUGGUGCUGGGUACAGCAGAUGCUUUUCUUCAUGUGGCAUCGCUUUCUCCUAGCAAUUAAUUAACACUGGUGAGUAAUUAGUGUUGAAGGCUGGCCCUGGCAAGCAUGAGGCACCCUUGUGCCCAGAUCUGCUCCAGGCACUGGAUCUGCUCCAGGCACUGAAUGGCCAGUACCACAUUGUUUACCCAAGACCCUUUCUGUCUAUUGACCACAGAUCGAUGCAGUUAAUGAGAAACCCUGGCUCAGGGAAGAGGCAGCAGGUUGUGUGCUGGGCGGUUUUAGCUCCGCAGUUGGAUAGGACAGGGUAGGCAACCCACGGUGUGCAAGGCGCUGAGUACAGGGCUGCAGGGUGCACACAGACCCAAGGACCAUGGCCAAGCUGGUGGAGUGCGUUCCCAACUUCUCGGAGGGAAAUAACAAGGAGGUGAUCGAUGCGCUGGGACAGGCCAUCUCCCGGACACCGGGCUGCGUGCUGCUGGAUGUGGACGCUGGCGCCUCCACCAACCGCACCGUCUACACCUUCGUGGGGUCCCCCGAGGCUGUCGUUGAAGCGGCCCUGAGCGCAGCCCGUGUGGCUGGGCAGCUCAUUGACAUGAGCCAGCACACGGGUGAACAUCCCCGCAUGGGGGCCCUGGAUGUCUGCCCCUUCGUGCCGGUGAUGAAUGUCAGCAUGGAGGAAUGUGUCACCUGCGCCAACAUCUUUGGGCAGCGCCUGGCAGCCGAGCUGGGGGUGCCUGUUUACCUGUAUGGAGAGGCAGCGCGGGAGGAGAGCAGAAAAGCUCUGCCCACCAUCCGUGCUGGGGAGUACGAGGCUCUCCCCGAGAAGCUUGCCAAACCAGAGUGGGCUCCCGAUUUUGGGCCCUCAACCUUUGUGCCCCGGUGGGGGGCCACAGUGACGGGUGCCCGGACCUUCCUUAUCGCAUACAACGUCAACCUGCUGUGCACCAAGGAGCAGGCUCACCGCAUUGCCCUCAACAUCCGCGAGCAGGGGCGUGGUGCUGACCAGCCUGGGCGACUGAAGAGAGUACAAGGCAUCGGCUGGUAUUUGGAAGAAGAGAAUAUAGCCCAGGUUUCAACGAACCUGCUGGACUUCGAGACCACACCGCUCCACGUUGUCUAUGAGGAAGUCUGCCGAGAUGCAGAGGCAUUGAACCUCCCUGUGGUUGGGUCCCAGCUGGUGGGGCUUGUCCCCAAGAAGGCCAUGCUGGACACAGCUGAGUUUUACAUCAAGAAGGAAAAACUCUUCAUCCUGGAGGAGGAACAGAAGAUCAGGCUGGUGGUCAGCCGGCUGGGCCUGGACUCCCUGUCUCCAUUUCACCCCCGGGAGCGCAUCAUCGAGUACCUGGUGCAGGCAGGAGAGGCGGACGGGGGGCUGGUGGCCAAGCCGCUGGGCGCCUUUGUGCAAGCAGUUGGUGGAAGAUCAGCAGCACCAGGAGGAGGCUCUGUGUCUGCAGCCGCAGCUGCCCUGGGAGCAGCACUGGGCUGCAUGGUGGGGCUGAUGAGCUAUGGGAAGCGGCAGUUUGAGGAGCUGGAUCCCAUCAUGAGGAAGUUGAUCCCCCCCUUCCACCAGGCCAUGGACGAGUUGGUGGCGAUGGUGGAUGCUGACUCCCGUGCCUUCAGCAGCUACAUGGAAGCUAUGAAGCUGCCAAAGGGCACCCCUGAAGAGCAGGAGAGACGCACGGCUGCCAUGCAACAGGGGCUGAAGACAGCUGUGAGGGUGCCCUGUGCCCUGGCAGAGAAGGUGAGCGGGCUCUGGCCUGCUCUGAAGGACCUGGCACGCCACUGCAACCUGGCCUGCAAAUCUGACAUCCAGGUGGGAGCCAAAAUGCUGGAAGCGGCUGUGUUUGGAGCUUACUUCAACGUCAUGAUCAACCUAAAAGACAUAAAGGAUGAGAAGUUCAAGCUUGCGAUGUCACAGAAGAUCUCAGGGCUGCUGGAGGAGGCAAAGCAAGGCUCGGCGCUCGUGCUGGCACUGCUGGAGAAGCGGGUGGCCUGAGAGGGGCUCAGGAAUGGCCCAGCUGCUCUGCAGCAGCAAAUACAGCUGGGAAACACACUGAACCCUGCCUGGGCUACUUUGGUAUCCACCUUGGGAGAGCUGCUCUGCUCAGGCAGAUCCUGGCAUCAUGUCCCCUGCUGGCCUUUCCCUGCCAAGGGUGAUUUUUGCUGUCUUGGGCUCGGACCCCAGUCUCCAGCCCCAAAUUCUUGGAGCGGAGAAGCUGGCUGGGCUGGCAGUGCUUGGGUCAUACAAGUCCCAACAGAGAGGACAUCAGGGACCCCAUGGCACUGCCCAGGAGAAGACCCCAGUGCAUGUGCAUCUCCUGGCCCUGCACACCCCUGUACGUUUCUGUGCCCAGAAAACUCCCCGGGACACCUCCCUGCCCACAGGGCUGGGUCAAGACCUGGCACAGUCCCUUUCUGCAAGGUGCCUUUAUGAUGCUGCAUGACAAGACCAGCCUGGCAUAUUGCUCACUGGACUGGGAAGGGAGUGUUGCCAAACACAGGGCAGCACCGGGGCGUUAGCGGGAAGAUAGAGAUGGGACGGGAGAACCUCUGUCUCCUCUUCAUAGACCCCCCCAAGAGGAAGAUCUGAGCAUCAGGGCAUCCAGCCCUACCUCCUGUCACUGUUGAACAGGUCUGACGACAGAUAUUGCCUUCUCCACCCACAUGCCAAGGCAGCACCCUGAGCACUGCCACAGGGAGCCAUUAGCUGGAUGCUGAGCCCUGCUGUCCCACAGCAGUGCCUGCGGGAGGGCAGCCCCCCUGGCACCCUGCCCCAUGCUGGGUUCACGGAGGGGACGCCUGAUUCAUCUCAUCACCUGACACCCGGAGGGGAAAACCACCACCCUUCAUUCCCUGUUUUUAUCAGCCCUGUGGGACCUUUGUACCAGCUGGGAGCGGUGUGUUGACGUUUCCCGUGUGCCCAUGGUGACGGUGCUGGGAGCGGUGUGGCUGGUUCCACCUCUUGGCAGUGUCACCCCUGCCCGCUGCACCCCUCCUCACCCGGGGCUGGGCUCUAUUUAAUGGGUGCCUGCCACCCUGAGAGAGCCGUGCCAAGGACAGUGAGCAGGGAUGUGGAACCCCAACUCAGGUGCACCCGGAGGGGUGCCACCACCACAAGUCCAAAUUUGCCCACCUGCUGCUCCAGGAUGCCCUUGUCCCAGUGCUCCAGCAGGUCCCUACCCUGGCUACCCUCCCGUGCCACCUAGCAACCCUGGAACCUGUCCCCCAGGACACCCAGGUGGCUAUCCCUGUGGCCCCUCUCCGCCUGGCCCCUGCCCGCCGGGGCAUCACCCGCCUGGCCCCUGCCCGCCGGGGCAUCACCCGCAUGGGCCCCCCCAGCCAGGGCAUCACCCGCAUGGGCACCACCCUCAUGGGCAUCACUCCCCAGGCCACCACCAUCAUGGGCAUCACUCCCAUGGGCACCCCCAUCCAGGACCACCGGGGUGCUCACCAUGCCCCCCUGGCUGCCAUGAGAAGCACCACAAGAAGCAUAAGAAGAAACACAAGAAGCAGCACCAUGGAGGCAAGCACUCCAGCAGCAGCUCCAGCAGCAGUUCUGACUCAGACUGAAGAUGACAUCUCCCACCUGCACAGCGGUGAAGUGAUGAGACAUGAAACUAGACGCCCCACAAGAAACACCUGCAUGUUGCUCCUCUCCUUUCCCCUUCCUCUUAGAGUAGCGUUUUAACUGCUGAGUGAUUUUCUUGUUUUUAGCCUGUAAAUUCUCUCCUCUGUCUUUUGGAAGAGCCUGCUGAAAUCCAUCCCUGAGGCUGCAGGUAGCCUCACAGGGAAUAUCAUGUGCUGGUUUGCAGUCAGCUGGUGUCUGUGUGUUUUUUUCCCUGUGCAAUGAUGCUGGCUUCUAACGUGGAUCACAUCACCCAUAGAAGUCCUUAAAUUUCAUGUGAACUUUCCCAGUUGUAGAGGAGGGGCUGGCUGGGGAAUGCCAUAGCUUUCCCUUGCUGAGCUGUACACCUUGGCAUCCUCCAUGCCAGGGUAAUGUAAGGAACAUUUAGUGAAGAACUGUUGUUUUUACAUAACUGAGGACCUGGCACCUGACCCCAGCAGGGGGGAAGGACUGAGAGACAUCGGACUAUGAAUUCUUAAUGUAAUACACAGUCUCUUCCCGGAAUAUGUACUGACACCUGUAUACAUACCAAUACCUGUAUAUUGAUAAGUUCAUUUAGGGGGAAGUGUAGCCAAAGUACCAGGAAUCCAUAUCUCAAAUAGACUGAUAAGGGGAAGGGUAUUGUGUGCAUUGGGAUAGCCUGUAAACCCUGAAGUACCCAACCAAUGGGUAACAGGGGAGGGAAAUUGCGGCUGGGAUUUUGGGGAGAUGUAAGCAGGGGCUUUUUGCCCUAUGAGAUGUGCCUGCCUUUAGGUAGAACACCCGGUCUUGCAAAAUCCUUAUUAAAAUAUGCUUUGCUGAGA